AUGGCUUUUUCAACAACAUCAAAAAUCACAAACAACAAUAAUGACAAUUCUAAUGUUUCUAGAGGCAGCAGUAACAACAAUAAUCUGAACUUAUCAAAAUUUGAUGGUAUUGUACUAGGUGUAUUCAAGGAUGGUACAUUAAGUCAAACUAUUGGAUCAAAUAAACUUCCUGGAAAAUUUCAACAAACAAUCAAAAAAAAACUUGAAUAUUAUGGAUGUAGUAAAGGAAAUUUAGAUUUCAAAAACCCUAGUAAUGAUCAAGAGUUAUGUGAGGCUUUGGAAAUUGCUAGAAAUGCAUCAGCUGUUGGAGUUCGCAGUCUAAGAGAAAAUAACGCUAAAAAUAUUUUAGUUGAUGUCAUGACUAAUGAACACGGUGCUGCUGAAGGAGCAAUACUUGGAUUAUAUAAUUACGAUACUUUAAAAUCUUUAUCAUGGGAAACUGGUUUGAUUUAUGCAGAAGCACAGAAUUUUGCUCGUACACUAAUGGAAGCGCCAGCAAAUUAUAUGACCCCAACAAACUUUACUGAAUAUGUGCAAUCAAAAUUUAACAGAUUGUCAAAUGUUGAGAUAAUUGUCCGUGAUAAGGAUUGGGUGGAAGAAAAAAAAAUGGGAUCAUUUUUGUCAGUUUCCAAAGGAUCUGAUGAACCUUUGAAAUUUUUGGAGAUGCAUUAUAAAGGUGGCAGUGACAAGUCACCAUCGUCGUUAUUAGCAUUGGUUGGAAAAGGAGUCACGUUUGAUUCUGGUGGUAUUUCAUUGAAACCAUCUUCAAACAUGUCAGAAAUGAAGGCUGAUAUGGGUGGAGGUGCAGCCGUUUCUGCAUCUUUGUAUGGCAUAGCAAAAUUAAGAUUACCAAUUAAUGUUGUAGCAACAAUUCCAUUAUGUGAAAAUAUGCCUUCGGGUUAUGCAACUAAACCUGGUGAUGUUGUAAUAGCAAUGAACGGUAAAUCUAUUGAGGUUGGUGAUACUGAUGCAGAAGGUCGUCUUAUUCUAGCUGAUGCAUUAUACUACACCAGUUCAACUUUCAAACCUCAUACUUUAAUUGAUAUGGCUACCUUAACAGGUGCAAUGGGUGUGGCAUUAGGUAAUGUUUAUUCUGGUGUAUUUACCAAUUCUAAUGUAUUAUGGCAACAAUUAUCAAGUUCUAGUAAAAAAACCAAUGAUAGAUUUUGGCGAAUGCCAUUGGAAGAUGCUUAUAAAAAAGGGCUGGAGAAAUCAAGUGUAGCAGAUUUGGUUAAUGUUGGUGGUGAUAGAAUUAAAGAUGCAGAUGAAUUGAAUUGUAUUAGGUAUGCACAUAUUGAUAUAGCUAGUGUUAUGCUUACUACAGAUGAUUCUGGUUAUAAUAUUAAAGGCAUGAGUGUUGGUCAUGUUUUAUUUCAUCCUGUAGCAGAUAAUGUUUUAGCAUCAUCGUCUGCAGAUUUAACUGUAAAAUUAUGGGAUAUUGAAAAGGGCAUCGAGAAACAACAACUAGAAGGAUUCCUUGACUUUGUACAAUCAAUGUCUUGGAAUUGGAAUGGAAGUUUAUUGGCGACAACAUCUCGAGACAAAAGAAUUCGCAUUUUCGAUGUAAGAUCAAGCAAAGUGGUCCAAGAAGCAUCUGGCCAUCAAGGCGUUAAAGGCUCUAGAAUUGUUUGGCUAGGAAAUACUGAUAGAUUCGUAACAACAGGUUUUUCAAAGAUGAGCGAUCGGCAAGUGUUUCUAUGGAAUACGAAUGAUUUGGAAAAACCGAUUAAAAAUAUGAUGUUAGACACAUCUUCUGGUAUUGUAAUGCCAUUUUACGAUGAAGAUACAAAGAUAUUAUUUUUGGCUGGCAAGAACGAUGAGCUACAUUACUUAUCAGAAUACAAAUCAUCUGAACCUCAACGUGGGAUGUCAUUUUUACCCAAAAGAUCUGUUAAUAUUUCAGAAUGUGAAAUUGCUAGAGCUUAUAAAGUUGCAAAUAAUUUAAUAGAACCAAUUUCUUUUGUUGUUCCACGAAAGUCUGACGCUUUUCAAGCGGAUUUAUUUCCACCAACAAUUGGUGAUGAACCAGCUCUUACAGCAGACGAAUUUUUCGAAGGUAAAAAUUCAAAUCCAAAGAUGAUUGAUUUAGAAAAAGGGUUUCAAUAUGAAGAGGCAUAUCAUCAAUUACGUCAAGAAAAUGAUGAUUUACGAAAACAACUGGCACAACGUGAUAUUUCAAUCCGUGCUUUAACAGCUCAAUUGGAACAUUUAAAGACUUCCUCUCCAUCCUAA